GAGUUUAUAAAUAAGGUGCUAGCUUUGUCUCUCAAUGGUAUGCUCACUGGGAAGUAGUAGAAUGGCUGUUAUGGCUAGGCUUCUUGAAGCAGGAAGCAUCUCGCCCUCUAUAGCAGAGGAUGUUGUUAAUCAAAAAUUAGCUGCUCAAUACAUUUACAGAGAAUUACGUGGGGCAGAUGAGGCAAAUUUACUUGAUGAAGAAGAUAUUCAUGUCUUUGGUUUGAAGCCUACGACUGAUCCUUUACAUUUGAACUCUGUAGGUCACUAAAAAUCACAGAAGAAAUUAUUUUGGAGCUUGAUGGUAGUACAGGCCAUAGGAAACCUCCAAGGAAGGAAAGGAAGAAGUCACUAGCUGCUUAUGCUAGUAUCCAAUUUUUUACUUUAUUCUUCAAUGCGUUUCAUUAUUUUGCUGGCUUCACUUUUAAGUUUCAAUCUUCUUAUGUUCAUAUUGUUACAGUAUUGAUGUUAGUACUUA